GGCCCUAUCACAGUCAGACACUGUUGACUGUCCUUGCACACGGGACCGAGCGAGCAUGGCCUUUGGCUUCAGAGGACACAGCGUUCACCUCUCCUCUCCGCGAACGUCUUCUGAGCCCCUCCUGGGAACCAGGUGUCACACCGGGGACUGGGGCCACAUGGAACACACCGUCUAGUGGGAAGACGGGCAUUAGCUGAGCGUUCCCAAGGUGCCGCCAUCGGCCCGGCCUGGCCAGCAUGGUCGACCACUUGCUGCCACUGGACGAGAACUUCUCGUCCCCCAAAUGCCCAGUGGGGUAUCUGGGGGACAGGCUGGCCAGCCGGCGGCCCUACCACAUGCUGCCAUCGCCGCUUUCCGAGGAUGACAGCGACGCCCCCAGCCCCUGCUCCUGCGCCAGCCCGGACUCUCAAGCUCUCUGCUCCUGCUACAGUGGAGGCCCGGGUGCCGAGGGCCAGGACAGCAUCUUGGAUUUCCUGUUGUCCCAGGCCACCCUGGGUGGCGGCGGCGGCGGCGGCGGGAACAUGGGGGGCAGCAGUGGACCUGUGACCUGGGGGACCUGGCGGAGGGCGCCCGUGCCUGUGAAAGGGGAACAUUUCUGCUUCCCCGAGUUCCCGCUGGGUGACCCCGAUGAUGUCCCCAGGCCCUUCCAGCCCACCCUGGAGGAGAUCGAAGAGUUCCUGGAGGAGAACAUGGAGCCGGAGGCCAAGGAGGCCCCGGAGAGCAAGAGCAAGGACGCGGAGGCCUGCGGCCAGCCCCCGGCGGGGCCGCACAGGAGCCACCUGCACGCCGGCUCUGGCGGCAGAGAGCGCUGUACCCCUCCGCCAGCCGGCGCAAGUGCCGGCAGCGCCCAGGGCCCCGGCGACGGGCCCUCCCCGGAUGGCCCCAUCCCGGUCCUGCUGCAGAUCCAGCCGGUGCCGGUGAAGCAGGAACCGGGCGCAGGGCCCGCCUCCCCUGGGCAGGCGCCUGAGAACGUCAAGGUGGCCCAGCUCCUGGUCAACAUCCAGGGUCAGACCUUUGCGCUGGUGCCUCAGGUGGUCCCCUCGGCCAACUUGAACCUGCCCUCCAAGUUCGUGCGCAUCGCCCCGGUGCCCAUCGCUGCCAAACCCAUCGGGGCGGGAGCCCUGGGGCCCGGCCCUGCCGGCCUCCUGGUGGGCCAGAAGUUUCCCAAGAACCCAGCGGCGGAACUCAUCAAAAUGCACAAAUGUACUUUCCCAGGCUGCAACAAGAUGUACACCAAAAGCAGUCACCUCAAAGCCCACCUGCGGCGGCACACGGGGGAGAAGCCCUUCGCCUGCGCGUGGCCGGGCUGUGGCUGGAGGUUCUCGCGCUCCGACGAGCUGUCGCGACACCGGCGCUCACACUCGGGCGUGAAGCCUUACCAGUGUCCCGUGUGCGAGAAGAAGUUCGCGCGGAGCGACCACCUCUCCAAGCACAUCAAAGUGCACCGCUUCCCGCGGAGCAGCCGCUCGGUGCGCGCGGUUAACUGAGCGCCCCGCCAGCGCCGCCGGCCCGUCCCAGCCCCCCGAUGUCCAGCCCCGUUUUUUUCUUUCUCUUUUUUCUUUUUUCUUUUUUUAAGCAAUAAUUUAUUUGCCUCCUUUAGAGGGACAUGGCGACGGUCCCAGCCCACCUCUGAAGCGCAGGAGCGCGCCGCCUGCUGCCUUUCCCGGGGGGAACUCAGACUGGCUCACCCGCGUCCCUGGGGGCCGGGCCCCCAGCGCUGGGGCAGGAGGCGGCCCCGGUGCCUUUCUUUGUCCCUUUGUGCCUUCCCGAGGUGUGGCCGGACCUCUCCUGCAAGCCACCAACUUGAAGCAGGGUUUUGGGGGGUCUGGCCCUUCUCCCACUGGGCUACCCAACCGGGGCCAAAGCCAACACUUUAUUGCUGGGGAAGAAAUGGGCAGUUUUGAAACGUUCAGUUCCCAGAGGGAGCCAUGCCGGGAAGAAGGAAGUAGGCCAAAAGUCCAGGGCUGUACUGUGUUACCGGGGCUCUUAAGCCCAAGUGGCUUUUCUCAGCAUGAUCAGCAGAGGGGACACAUGGAAGGGCAGGACCUGGCUAGUUGAGGCCUCUUGCGGAUGAGAGGCGACAAGUGCACCCGCUCUGUGGGCGCUGGCAGUGCAUGAGCUUGAAAUUAAACGUGCAAGACAGACAGACGGAGCCAUACGCAUCUGUACCCAGUGUGACUCCCGCUGUCCUCCCGGAAUCGCCAGACAAAUCCCGACACCAGCCUCUAGGGCCACCGUGGGGAGGAGAGGGGAACAGGCCACACGAGGAGUCCCAAGAACUAGGUAGAACUUUCCAGCCUGGAUUUAGCAAUGCAUUCCUUCUCUUGUCUAGAAAUUAAUAUCAAACGAACUAGCUUGUUUGGACAGGUUUAUUUCACAUCCUAUGAAUGUAUGUAAAUAAACUGUACAUAGGGACAGCUGCCUAAAGUAUCUUUUAAUAACAUAUCGACAUUUGUGUAAAUUUGAAAUUUAAAAAAAAAUCUAUAAAAACUGGUGUACAUAUGUUACAAUUCUGUAUAUUUUCUUUGGUCCUUCAUAAAAAGAUAUAUUUACUUUGCCAAUAAAAAGACAAAAGAACUCGA